AUGGAACGCGGGAUCAGACCGAGUACUUUCAACCACUACUUCAACGCAAAUCUCCAGAAGAAGCGCAACGAUCGCUUGUUGAAGAAUUUGAAGUCGCUAUCGGAAAAGGUCACGUACAAUUCAGGCAAGAGCAGCGAAUAUAGCGUGGACUACAUCGCCGUCAGCAAGCUCAAGGGCCAUGCUGCUGACAAAGACAAUGCGCAGCAGGUCCGCGAAGAUAUUCUUGAUACUUUAACGAGCUACUAUAAGGUUUCACGCAAGAGGUUCGUUGAUGCGAUUUGUCAACAAGUCGUUAAUCAUUUCCUCUUGGAAGGCGACCAGGGUCCAUUGAAAAUUUUGGGGCCCGACCUCAUUAACAGUUUGGAGCCCCAGGAACUUGAGUUCAUUGCCGUGAGGCUUAUCAUUACAAGCCUGUUCCUGCUCUCGACCGCCUGUAGUCAGGGUCUGAAGACUCGCGCCUUUGUCGUCGAGUCCGCAUAUCUUCCAUAUGGUGCGCAGGAACUCUACACUGAUGAUGAGGAAAUGAUCUCGUGGGUGCCCUGUCGCUUGCCUUAUGACCCCCUACCGCCACACGUCUGUCAAAGCAUGGUCUCAUUCUCGAUGUCCAUGCGACAACCAAGGUGCUCCAUUGCCUACCGCUUCGUGAUACUCUGGCUCUGUGUGAAACAUGUGCGGAGGUUCACCGAGGCACUCGUCCUUUCUGAACAGGAUAGUCAAGAUAUCUCACCUGCAGCCAGUGGUCUGCGGCGGCGCCGGGCCUCAUUUACUGACGCCGAUGGAAAUCAUGCGUACAGGAGAAUCCGGGUUGAUGAGCAAUCGUACAACCAAGGGUCUUCAGCAAUUACUAUAGCUCAACAAAGUCGGCCGACGCACGACCGGGUUGGUGACGAAGCCUUUCGGAAGCAGGUCCUUCAUCAGCUCGAAAUAAAGAGACGACAAGCAGUCUCGAGCUCUCGAGGGGAGAUGAGAGACGAUCAGGUCUACAAUAUAUUGCUGGAGAGAGGUUCGAGGUCCACCUUCCUGGAGUUCCUGUCUUCACGCAAGAUUUCGAUCGGCUGGUGGCUGUCCAGACAUCAUCCCUUGGUACAUACGGCCCUCUGUUUCAAUACAAAUCUCUGCACAAAUCUCCGCGAGAGGUGGGAGAGCGCUUCCUACGCGCUCAGCCUACCGCCGACCCUUGGAGCCUUUCUCGACGUCCGGAGCCCGCUUCCACCAUCGAUCCUGCCGUCUUUUCUGGAUGGUGACAACUGUCAGUUGCUGUCGCGAAUGCGUGACGCGGUCCAGGCAGUAGCUGAGGCAGAGGGACCGACCCGACCCGGGCAGGUGUGGAGAGAAACUUCAGAAUGGGUUCUCCUCUCCGAGGGUGGACACAAUACGGUACCUCACAUAGACAGCCACGGUUUUUCGACCUGGAUUACAGCUCAAGAGGGCUGCAUCGGCUUUGGAUGGAUGUCACGUCCGACCCGCGGGGAGUAUCGUGAUUGGAUGCUUAACCCCACUGCACCCCACAGAGACAGCCGUUGGAGGUAUGUUGUACUCCGCCCAGGCUGGACAGUCUUUUCCCCCUCAGGCACAAUUCACUUUCUUUUCCGACCCGAAGGCGUUCAGACACUUGCACUAGGCGGCCACAUCCUACAGUGGACAGGCAUUAGUUUAUGGCUGGAUGUUGUGGGCGAGCAGUUGAAAUACGCGGGCGCUACAGGUGAAGAUGUGGGGCAAUAUGCAAAGAGUAUCUCCGUUGUUAUGUAUCUUGUACUCAAAAAGGUCAAGAGCGGUGGGCCGGACGAGCUUGGUGGUAAGGAAGAAUUACAGAAGAUCCGCAACCAUAUGACUGCAAUCCGGACGUCUACGGCCGGCCUCGGCAUUCCUUCGCGGAUCGAGGAAGAGCUUAUGAGACUGUUAUCAGGCUCUGUACACUUCGAUCAAGACGCUGAGCAUGCCUAG